CAGAAGUAAAACAAACAGCUCCAAACAUUGUGCAUAUAAACUUUAGUUUUGUUCUUUCAAAUGAGAAAUAAGGGUUUAAAACAUUUAUCUGGUUUUAGAAUGUUCUAAGACUUUCUUUCCAGUUAUGAUAGAACAAUUCUGACAACCAGCAGGUAGUGUUUGUGCAACUGUCAGCUAAGCUCUCUUCCCCUGGAGAGGAAAUGCAAAACUCCACCUGCCAUACUGGGGUUUGGAAGCAAGACUGAUUCUCCAAAUCAACUGCAUCAUUAAGCUUAUUUCAUAUAGGUGGUUUUAAGCAGAACAACUAAGCAGAGUCAAGUUGAGGAUACAUGUGCAUAUGGAAAAUGAAAUGCAAAGGAUUAACAGAGAAAUAGGACUCGCAAAGAGGAUCGGAAAAUUUUAGUCAAGUUUUCAACUCAUUCAUUAACUAGACUACUAUUUUUCUGAAGUUCUAAUAUUUCUCUUUGGACUGUGAAAGUCUUUUAAACUCUUAGAUAAACUGAACUAUUGCUAUAGAUGCACAGUAAAAUAUGUUUCACUGCUACUCAAAAUUAAUAUUUGAACUGGUGCUGAAUGAGCAUUUGAAUCUACAGUUUUAUCCUCCCUUAAAAACAAGGGAAGGGUAAAAUGAAAGCUAUAUUAAGCAUCAUAAAGAUAGUUGAUAGAUAUGAGGGAAAAGAUUAAUGUCUAGUACUGGUAAAGAAAAGGAACCAGCAAAAAUGGGGUUAAUUCUAGCCUAAGGAAGCCUGUUCAACACCACUUCAAAUGAACACAAAUUAGAAGGACCCUGGGAAUCUAUAAAGCCAUGUUUUAUUACCAAGGAUCUGCAGUAAGAUCUGCAUUUGCUGCAAAACAAUGACAGUCAUUUAUUUAACAGAAUAUGCUUUUAUAUGGAUUUUUUGUUACUGAAUUGCUCAACAGGUGACAUUCAGUGCAGCUUGGUAUCACCUAAAUAACAUUAAAAGUUUUGACUACUGGUAUAGCUGAAUUUAACAUAUCCACUAACAGUGUAUCUGAAUAUAAACCAGCCUUAUGGUGUUUGGAAGAAAAUCAGAUCCGAACAAAUGACUGUGGAUGGACACACAGGAAUCAAAGGUCCAAGGAUAUUCAGUAAUUGUUAAAAGGAACAAACAGACCUAAAAUUCUGCCAUUUUCCAAUCUGCAAGAAGGAACAUUUGUGAAGAAACAUUUGUGUACGUGCAAUUCAACUACCAUUAAGUUCAGAAAGGUCCUACAUGAUCUGAAACAUUAAUUUUCUCAUUUGCCUUGUGCAUGGCAUCUUACAAAUAGCAAAUUUCUUAAACGGUUUACUUUUCUGUAACUGAUAAAUUUCAGCUAAUUUCAAGCCUACUUGGUUUGGCCUUCCAUUCCAUUUCCAAACAGUUUAAACAUUUUAUACAAAAAAAAGUAAACCUCUUUCCAAAUCCUUAAAAUGCUUGUUGUAACCUCUGUGGAAAUCCCAACAGUUUAACCAUUUUGGCACUGAAAGUCAAAGCGUGAAUACCGAUGUAAUCUUUCCAGCAGAGAUCCUAACCAUGGAAUCUUACACAGGAGCAGUAUCACCAUUUAUUUGUAACGGCACAUCUUUUGAACUAAAUGGAUCACAUUUAUGCAAUGAAAGCAUGUCUUCUAUCUUGGCUGAUAAAUCAGAAGAACACCAACAAUACAUUAUUGGGCUUUUCUUAUCAUGCCUUUACACUAUUUUCCUUUUCCCUAUUGGCUUUGUGGGAAACAUUCUGAUUUUAGUUGUGAACAUAAGUUUUCGGGAAAAGAUGACUAUUCCUGACCUGUACUUCAUAAACCUUGCAGUAGCGGAUUUGAUUUUAGUUGCUGACUCCCUCAUUGAGGUUUUUAAUCUUGAUGAAAAGUAUUAUGAUAUCACUAUAAUUUGCACUUUCAUGUCUCUGUUCCUUCAGAUCAACAUGUAUAGCAGCAUUUUCUUUUUGACAUGGAUGAGUUUUGACAGAUACAUAGCACUUGCAAAAGUAAUGAGGUCCAACAUAUUUCGUACAAUGCAGCAUGCUAGAUUAAGCUGUGGCCUCAUAUGGAUGGCAUCUAUCUCUGCAGCACUAGUGCCAUUUACAGCUGUACAUUUGCAGCACACUGGAGAGGUCUACUUUUGUUUUGCAGAUGUAGAAGAAAUCCAGUGGUUAGAAAUAACCUUGGGGUUUAUAAUCCCCUUUGUGAUCAUCGGUCUUUGUUACUCAUUAAUUGUUCGAGUUCUUGUAAAAGCACACAAACACAGGAGUCUUCGACUACGGCGCCAAAAGGCUCUUCGAAUGAUUUUUGUAGUCGUCCUGGUUUUCUUUAUUUGCUGGCUACCUGAAAAUGUCUUCAUUAGCGUUCAGCUUCUUCAAGAGAAAGGAAAGACUCUCUCUUCAGGCAACCAAUCUUUUCGGCAUGAUUAUCCCCUAACAGGACAUAUUGUAAACCUAGCAGCCUUUUCUAACAGUUGUUUGAACCCACUGAUUUACAGUUUUCUAGGUGAAACUUUUAGAGACAAAUUACGGUUGUAUGUUGAACAGAAAACUAAAAUGACAACGUUCAGUCGUUUUUGUCAUGCUGCCCUAAAGUCAGUCAUUCCUGACAGUAAUGAGCAAUCAGAAGUUUAAUUUAGUAGUGCUGUAUAAAAACAUAACUGAAAAUUGCACAAAUAUAGAACAAAAUGCCUGCUACUAACAGUAAAAUAUAGGUAUGUAGAAUGCCCUGCUGAGUAUUGAAGGUUUAUACUCUAAAUAUUUUUAUGACAAGACUUUGAUGUGGAAGAAUACAUUUUAGUCAGAUUUAUAUUUAAUCAUCAACAGGAUUACUAAAAACUGACUAAUAAGGGGCCUUUAGUUUGCAUUAUACAUGUAUGAAUGACAAUUUAUCAGGAAACGUUAUCAGACUAGGAAGAAUAGAGAUAACUCGAUUAUCAGAGAAUAGCUACUUUGCUGUCAUAUGCUAGGUGUUCCCAUUUAAAUAAUGAAGCUGCCACAACAGUGGGAAAACUCAUUACAACACAUUGAUGUGGAGAUGCAGAAAAAAAGUUAUUGAUUUACCAUCCAAAUAUAGCCAUUUGACAACUUUGCUAAGAACUACUGUGCUAUACACAGGACUGUAUAUGCUUUCUGUUCUAACAUACGUUUCAGGCAUUGAUUUUUUUGUUUGUCUUAAUGUAAUAUAGGACUAGGAUGAAGAUUUUUUUCCUCGUUUGUAAUGUUCACAUCAACGCUUCAUCAAAUCUGAAGUCACGCAUAUUAUCCUCCUCAUCUGUAUUACCUUAUCUCAGAGAAUCCAUCAAAACAAAAUUCACUGCUUCACUUUAUUUUUGAAUAUUGUCCAUAGAAAAAUCAGGGUCUUUUGUCACAAGCACAAACUACAGAUUAAAGUGUCCUAAUUAUCGAAACUACUGCUAUCUUCAUUUUAAUUUUUGUGUGUGUAUGUAUACACACACACACACACACACACACACACACACACACACACAGAGAGAGAGAGAGACAAACACAUUUACAUCAGUCACUACAUUUAAAUGAAAAUUGAACCAUUUUAAUAUUGUAACAAUAUUGGUCUUGGUUGUAAGAAUGGAAUAUUGCUGUUUUUUUAAAAAAAUACUUGUCUUCUACAAAAAAACGACAGUGUAAGAAACUCUCAUUAAAAUGUUGGAAGCCUCA